AUGACGCUGCGUACGCGCUUUGAGAGCUCCGACGACGUCGGCGUCUUCGCCCGCCUGACCAAUGCCUACUGCCUCGUGGCUGCUGGCGCCUCGCAGAACUUCUACUCCGUCUUUGAGCAGGAGCUGGCGAACCAUGUUCCUGUUGUCUACACCUCCAUUGGUGGGUCCCGCGUAGUUGGCCGCCUCACGUGCGGCAACCGUCACGGCCUCGUCGUGCCGUCCAUCACCACCGACCAGGAGCUGCAGCACCUGCGCAACUCGCUGCCCGACUCGGUUAAGGUGCAGCGCGUGGAGGAACGCCUCAGUGCGCUCGGAAACUGCGUCGUCUGCAACGACCACGUCGCGCUCAUCCACACUGACCUGAGCCGCGAGACGGAGGAGGUGCUGCGGGAUACGUUGCAGGUGCAGACGUUCCGCACAUCCAUCGCGGAGAACGCGCUGGUCGGCAGCUACGCCGUGGUCACCAACAAGGGCUGUAUGGUGCACCCCAAGACUCCUGCGCAGGACAUGGACGAGAUCGCCUCGCUUCUGCAGGUCCCCGUAGUGGCCGGCACGAUUAAUCGAGGCAACCCCGCUGUUGGCUCCGGUCUAGUAGUGAACGACUGGGCAGCGUUCUGCGGCCUGAACACCACUGCGACGGAGAUUACCGUGGUGGAGCGCAUCUUCCAGCUGCGCCGCGACCUGGUUGGUGACGAAUCCAACAUGCUGCAGCAGUUGCGUGACACCUUGGUUGACGAAUUGGCGUAG